GAGUCCGGAAGAGCUUGUCUUGAAUGAUUAUUUCUCAGGAUACCAUCCUGUAGAGUAUGCCGGUUUUGUUUUUGAGAAAGCGGUAUAAUAAGACAAUGGCGGAGAUAGAGAAUGAAAGACAAUUGUCGGUGUUGUGUUGAGACAUGACUGUAUACAAAGUUUCAUUCACCUCAAUACACUACAGAAUGAGUGAAUGCAAUAGCACUUCCUCCAGCGUCUCUUCUUCCUUUCCUUCUACCAUGUCCCUUCUCCCAGCAACGCCCUCAAUGUCAUCUUCUUCCUAGAUUGAAGUUUUCUUCUCUCCAUACCUGCUUCAAUUCAAAUAAUAUACCUCCACACCCACACUACCCUCGCGUAUCACCCCAACCGCCACCAUGCCGAUGACAUGGAAUGACCAGAGCGACGCAAAGCUCCUCGUCGCGAUCCUGCAUACUACCAGCGCGAAACUCGACUACGCCGCCAUCGCGGAAUACAUGGGACCAGAAUGCACCAAAGUUGCUGUCCAAAUCCGCAUCACCCGUCUCAAGAAGCAGGUCCACGACGCUUCCAACCCUACUGCUGCCGUCGCUGCUAGUGAUGAGGGUUCUGCGCCGGCGACCCCCGAGAAGAGGAAGAAGGGUGCUAAGGCGGGCUCCAAGAACAAUGAGGGAGGUGUGAAAAAGAGGCCGGCGAAGAAGGUUAAGAGAGGGGAGGAUGAGGAGGCUAUGGGGACUGAGACUGAGGAGAGUGGUUAGAAUGCGCUGUUGGGGCUGGGCUAGGAAUUGGUGUGAGCAGAUAAAUUUUACUUGUUUUUGAUCUUCUACUAGUCAGGAUAACGAUAGGCUCGGUGUUUUGUAUUGAGACAUGCUUUGAUUGGACAAAGAUCUAUUAUUCAUUGUCUACUGAGAUGCAGAUAACAUAAAGAGUGAAUGCAAUUACACCCCU